CCCAAACUCCUGCUCAGAGAAACACAUCUGUGAGCUUCCAUGUGGCCCGACAACCUGUCUGCGCGCUUAGUCACCGUGGUCUAUGGGAUCCUGCUUCUCCUUGUCCAGGCCCAGGGCCAGGAUUCUGCCAGCCCCAUCAGGACCACACGCCUGGGCCAGGUUCGGGGGAGCCUGGUGCACUUGAAGGGCACCAAUGCGAGCGUCCACACCUUCCUCGGCCUUCCCUUUGCCAAGCCGCCCCUAGGGCCAUUGCGAUUUGCACCCCCUGAGCCCCCUGAAGCUUGGAGUGGUAUCAAGGAUGGAACCGCCCACCCAAACUUCUGUCUGCAGAACAUGCCUGUGAUGACUGGAAUACCUCAAAAAAUUACCAUGAGCCUGCAACCCGCCUCCAUGUCUGAAGACUGUUUGUACCUCAACAUCUACGCUCCUUCCCAUGCCCGCGAGGGCUCUAGUUUGCCGGUGAUGGUAUGGAUCCACGGCGGGGGACUGGUGAUGGGCAUGGCCUCCAUGUAUGACGGCUCAGUGCUGGCAGCCUUCGAGGAUGUGGUGGUGGUGAUAAUCCAGUAUCGCCUGGGCAUUCUGGGCUUCUUCAGCACUGGCGACAGACACGCCUCCGGAAACUGGGGCUAUCUGGACCAAGUAGCUGCUCUGCGCUGGGUCCAGCAGAAUAUUGCCAGCUUUGGGGGCGACCCAGGCCGCGUCACCAUUUUCGGCACGUCCUCAGGUGGCACAAGUGUGUCCUCACUCGUAGUGUCACCCAUGUCCAAAGGACUCUUCCACGGGGCUAUCAUGGAGAGUGGUGUCGCCCUGAUGCCCGGCCUCAUCACCAGCUCAUCAGAGGUGGUGUCCAAGAUGGUGGCCGAAGGUUCUGGCUGUGGCCAGGGGGACUCCGAGGCCCUGGUGAAGUGUCUGCGAGGCAAGAGCAAGGAAGAAAUACUGGUCAUCAAUAAGCCCUUUAAGAUGAUCCCCGGCGUGGUGGACGGCACCUUCCUGCCCAGGCACCCGCAGGAGCUGCUGCUUUCAGCCGACUUCCAGCCUGUUCCCAGCAUCAUCGGUGUCAACAAUGACGAGUACGGCUGGCACCUCCCCAGGGUCAUGCGGAAAUCUGACACUGAAAAGAAAAUCGACAGAAAGACGAUAAAGAAGAUAUUGCAGGAAGUCUUCGCCAAGAUGGAAUUGCCUCCUGAGCUCAGUGACCUGAUGAUGGAGGAGUACAUGGGGGACAGCGAGGACCCCGAGAUCCUCCAAGCCCAGUUCCAAGAGUUGAUGGAAGACUUCAUCUUCGUGAUCCCUGGACUCCAAGUAGCCAAUUUCCAGCGUUCCCGGGCUCCUGUCUAUUUCUACGAGUUUCAGCACCGGCCCAGCUAUAUCAAGGACAAAAAGCCACCUCAUGUCAAGGCGGACCAUGGUGAUGAAGUUGUCUUUGUCUUUGGAAUCUUCACCUGGAUCCACGACAUUGAAUUCACGGAGGAGGAACUGCUGCUGAGCAGGAUGAUGAUGAAGUACUGGGCCAACUUUGCUCGAAGUGGGAACCCCAACAGUGAGGACCUGCUUCACUGGCCCAAGUUGGAUCAUGAGGAGCAGUACCUGCAGCUGAGCCUGCAGCCGGCACUGGGCCAGGCCCUGAAGGCACCCCAGCUCCAAUUCUGGACCAAGACGCUGCCGCAGAAGAUCAGGGAGUUCACAGAGGCCCAGGAGAGGCGCAAAGAGCUGUAGCGCCCUGUGUCCAGGCCAGGUGCGGGGCUGGAGUAUAGAUCGGGGGCUGCCCAUGUGACAACACGCCUCCCUGGGUGCCCCCUUGAAGCCGACGCUAGAAAAGCUCCAAUGGACUUGCUUAGCAUCCAACUGCAUCCUUCCUCAAGUCCGACCUCUCCCCAAAACUCCUCAUUCUCCUGUUAGCCCCCGGCCUUCCUGUCUUGAAGGAAAGUGCCAUGGGGUUGCUGCCCAGGCCUGGCUCUUAGCAAACCCCCAUGCUCUCAUAUCUGAAAGUGUCUGGCCACGUCCCCAGCCCCCAUCCUCCGCCCCUACCUGCAGUAUCAUCUCUCAUUGAUAUUUUUUUGAAGAAGAGGAAGGACUGGACCAUACCCAUUUUGAUCAGGGACUGUGUGAUCCAGAGGUGCUUGGGGGACUAUCUGUGGUGCCAGAUCAGAAGGGGGUUGGCACUACAUGUUAUGAGGGCAUGGCCCACUGUGAAUCUCUCAGCCCUAUCAUUGUUUAAACCACCCACCCACUCACUCACUUAUCAGUGUCCUUUAAAGGAACUGACCUUUUGUUAAGAAGCAGAACAGACCUUGGCCCUGGGCCUGGGAGCCUGGGUCAGUGCCUGGGAAGUGAUCAAAACAACCUGCCACUUCCUGUCACCUGCCUCCUAGAUUUGCCUUAAUCCUAAGGGGCGCAGUGGAACCCAAACUUCACCACAUCUGGAGCAUUAGGGCAGAUCCAGGAAUUUCUCUGAGCCACUGUGGGCCCUGAAUUUCAAGGGCUUCUGCACCCAAAAAGGUCUUCACUCAUCAUUGGGCCACCUUUUCUCCAGUGCCCCCUCUCCUGAGUUGUCCCCAACUCACCCUGGAGGUUCCCAUGAUUCCCUUUUUUACUUGCCUUCAUGGUUUUCCCUUAACUUUUCUGGUCCUCCCCACUCCACUUUAUCUUCCCCCAAAUAAAUCUCUCCUCUACGUUAUCACCACAUGCAGAGGUAUCAGAUUGUGCUCACUCAGCCUUGGGAUGCCAUUGGAAGCAUCCCUCAUCUCAAAGGAAUAUCCUCACCUCAUAGACUCGGGACGUCCCCUCUGAUCCUGCCCUUGGUCCCAUCUGGAAGCUAGAUUUCCGGAUAAAACCCCAUUUUCUUUUCCUUUGCUAAUCUUAAAAGCCCCACCUGAAGCUCUUAAAAGUCUCAUCCAAAGGGACCAGAGUGAUGGCACAGGGGAAAGGGUGCUAGCCCAACGGGAAGGGCGCUUGCUCUGCAAGCAGUCAACCGGGGUUUUAUUACUGGCAUCCCCCAUCGUCCCCUAACCCACCAGCGGUAAUUCCUGAGUGCAGAGCCAGGAGUAAUCCGUGAGCACCGCCUGGUGUGGCCCCAAACGCAAAUAAAAAAGCCUCACCUGAAGAGGUGCCGGCAUAGCCCACUCUGGCCACCAGAUGGCAGACAAAGACAUCCAUAAGCCUGAGCCAGCUGGGGUGACAGGGACAUUCCUUUCCAGAACACUGGUAAUAUUCACCUGGUUCCCCGGGUAAAGUUCUGGGGACCCGUGUCCUUAUGGCUCCGGCCCAUCUCAGGCUUUCCAGUCAUCACAUCACACCUGUGGCCCCUUCACAAGAUUCAGCUUCCCUGAAUACGGAGGGGCUGAGUAAUUCUUUUUCUGAAAAGGGGAGGCAGACCAGAUCCCUUCAGAAAUCUCUGUCCUAUGGGAACAUCAUUGAGCCGCUGAAGAAAGGAGCUUGUUGGUGACGCCGGGCCUCUUUUCUCAGCACACAGUCAAGACGAAUGAAAACACAGGCCUGGGCCGGGGAGAGACAUGGAGGCUGGAGCACCUGCUUUAAUGCAGGAACUUCAGGUUCAAUGCCAGAAGGUGCCCCAGCAUCACCAAGAGCAACCCCUGAGGUUCCAGCUACCAGGUAGUACCUCCCCCUCAAAAAAGUCAACAGAAGUCUACUCAGAAACAGCUGUCUUUAGCCUAUCAUUUCCAAGAAUUAAAAAGUAUUUGGUGGUGGAAAAUGUGCACUGGUGAAGGGAUGGG